AGGUUACUUGUUACGGGUUACUUGGUAUCAUCCUCCGCGCGAGCGCAACAGGAAAUAUUAUAUUUUACCGGAACCUGCAAAUUAACCGCAAGGAUGGAUAUGGACAGCAGCAGCAAUAGUACCUGCAUCCAAUCGAUGACAUGGAAUUGGAAUACGGUUGGUACAUGUUUCCUCGCCGAAUCGUGGCUGGUUGAAAGCGAGGGUGCCUUUGCGGCCUCUUGCAUCGGCGUCUUUCUCCUUGUCAUAUGUCUCGAGUUUCUCCGCCGCCUAGGCAAGGAAUAUGACAGCUUCAUAUCCCGCCAAUUCCAACAACACGCGGCUGCACAAAUCCGAGCAUCUAAGGAAGAUGGCUCGUGCUGUUCCGACGCGCCGGCCCCGGGUCCGCAGAUCGUCACGUUCAGAGCGACACCCCUGCAGCAGCUGAUCCGCUCUGUCAUACAUGCUGCGUCUUUUGGUGUCGCGUACAUACUUAUGCUGAUAGCCAUGGCUUUUAACGGCUAUAUCAUAAUAUGUAUCAUCAUCGGAGCUGGUGUUGGAAAGUUUCUUUGCGAUUGGAUGAUCGCGAAGGUGGUAAUUGGGGGUGAAGGCGAAGGUCAGGGCCAGACAAAUAAAGGAGCAGAAGGACUGGAAGAAGCAUCAGUAUGUUGUGGUUGAUUUGAUAUGACGACAUAAUUGCGUUCAGAUACCCAUUGUGCAUUAUAUUGGUUUAGACUGAGCAGGCGAUGGUAAUUUUAGAAUGCUUUAUUUAUCAUUGUGUUUGACCUUUGUUCAUCUUUCUGUGUGAUCAACACCAUUUCCUUUGUAUGUAUACCCGGGUAGGUAAGUUUAUUCGACUAGUAAGUGUCCAAAAUCGAACUAUUACAGAACUUAGGUGCAUAUGGCAAUAAGCGCAACAUCACUUUAAUUAUUCGACACUUCUCUCGUUGCUCCUAUUCUCGGCGUCCGCUUCAUACAAGGGUCACUUUCAUAACUGACAAAGCAACCAAGUCUAAGGUAUGUCGAAACGAUAAGGCUAUUACAGUAUUGCGGCACGAAAAUAGGGGGUCAGCUUUGGACUCAAAAAAGGGAGUUGCUUACUUCAAAGUGAACCUUUCGAAAUGUUGACUGCCUGUCAGGAAGGUAACAAUCAGACACCCGGGAACAUUGCUCUUGUUGGAAUUGUGUGACAAGGAGGCAAUAUUAACUAGUUUCGAAUAAAUCUAUA